AGGAGGUCGUUCCAACAAAGAAGUUUGCAGGAAAAAGGUGGUCCCAGUCAAGAACACCGUUUUAUGAAGCGAACGACCGAGCGCUUCUAUCUGCUUUUUUUGCCACGGCGUUGUUGCUUUUACGCGCAAAAUGAAGCCAUCAACUUGUUGCAAUUUACUUGAAACGUUAUCAGAGCCAUAAGGGAGCAGUAUGCCGUUUUAUCAUCUGGAUUCAACUUUGAAAAAUCCGAACCAAAAAAACUGAGACAACAGCUGAGAGUGGGGUGAGGAGGAGGUUGGCUUUGGCAAGUUGCGGACUUCUGCCUUGUAACUCCCGCUGUCGUAUGUUGCUAGCUAACUUGCUAAUUAGCUAACUUUGAUAUAAGAAUUGCCCCAUUUCAUCAGUCUACUACGGUGUGGUGAGGUCUGUUUUCUGAGUGGUCUGCCACAGUGACUGGUUCAGUGGGCCACUGCAGCAUUUCCUCAAGAACAUUGGCUGCCUCCUGUGGCUUGAUGCUUUUCAGUGCUUGGAUGUUGCGUGGGCGAUGAGGAUGUCCUGCUGGUCCCAGUGGGACAGGAUUGUGAUGUGAUGGGGUGCAGGACGAGCAAGGUCCUCCCUGAGCCACCUGGAGAUGUCCAGCUAGACUUGGUCAAAAAGGUCGAUCCCCUCCAGACCGACAUCUACAAACAUUUCAUCCGAGGCGACGGCAGGGGGAGUAAAAUGAGAGGGGAGAAAACAGGCUCUCCCCCGCCCCAGGCAGCAUUCUCAGCCACCCAGGCACCAACAAAUACAGGCCAACCAGAGGCCUCUGACCCACGCAGAAACAAGGUAGCCAAGUACAGAGCUAAGUUUGACCCACGGGUCACAGCCAAAUAUGACAUUAAGGCGCUGAUAGGCCGAGGUAGCUUUAGCCGGGUGGUGCGAGUGGAGCAUAAGAGCACGCGGCAGCCCUACGCCAUCAAGAUGAUAGAGACGCGCUACAGAGAGGGACGUGAGGUAUGUGAGUCAGAGCUGUGUGUCCUGCGGCGUGUACGCCACACCAACAUUAUCCAGCUGAUGGAGGUGUUUGAGACAGCUGAGCGAGUAUAUAUGGUGAUGGAGCUGGCUACAGGGGGAGAGCUUUUUGACCGUAUCAUCGCCCGUGGCUCUUUCACAGAGCGUGAUGCUACACGUGUCCUACAGAUGGUACUGGACGGGGUCAAGUAUCUGCAUACACUUGGCAUCACCCACCGUGACCUCAAGCCUGAGAACCUGCUCUACUAUCACCCCGGUGCAGACUCUAAGAUUAUGGUCACUGACUUUGGGCUGGCCAGCACUCGUAAGAAGGGUGAUGAGUGCUUGAUGAAGACCACUUGUGGGACACCAGAGUACAUUGCCCCAGAGAUCCUGGUACGAAAGCCAUACACCAAUGCUGUGGAUAUGUGGGCUCUAGGGGUCAUCUCCUACAUUCUGCUGAGUGGAACCAUGCCCUUUGAGGAUGACAACCGCAUGCGCCUCUACCGUCAGAUCCUCAAGGGGAAGUACAGCUUUUCUGGGGAGCCAUGGCCCAGUGUGUCCAACCUGGCAAAGGACUUCAUCGACCGUGUGCUGACUGUUGACUCCAGUGAGAGGUUAACAGCAGGCCAGGCUCUGAAGCACCCCUGGAUCGUCAGCAUGGCCGCGUCAUCCUCCAUGAAGAACCUGCAGCGCUCUAUCUCCCAGAACCUCCUGAAGAGGGCCUCGUCACGCUGCCACAGCACCAAGUCUGCCCAGUCCACACGCUCCAGCCGCUCCACCAAGUCCAACAAGGCUCGUCGUGCUCGGGAGAAAGAGCUGCGUGAGCUCAACCGCCGCUACCAACAACAAUACAAUGGCUGAGUAAUAGUUAUGUGGGUUGCAAUGUUGAAACUCAUAAUGUUGUGUGUCUCAUUGAGACCACAAGCAGGGACUUACCAGCAGCUGCCUGGAACAGCAAUUCAGCUCCUAGGCCAUAGUGCCACUGGCGCAGCAAGAAAAACAUCCUCAUAUUUCACCCUUUUUUCCUAGAUUCCUAUUCCCUAAUGUUUCUUUCCUGGCCUUGUGUGUCUCACACUUAUUUAUUGUUGAUUAUUAUUGUUUCCGUGGAAAUGGUCACUUGAAGCUGCCCAUCUAAACGGAUCUGUUGAACAACAUUAUAGGAAUUAAGUUUUAGGAAGGGGUGUUAAAAUUCUGUUCCUGCACUCGUUCUUGAUUAUUUGCUGUGAAUUCAAGAUACAAGAACAGUGGGUCACUUGCUUUGGUGGAUAUACACUACAUGACCAAAAGUAUGUGGACACCUGCUCGAACAUCUCAUUCCAAAAUCAUGGGCAUUAAUAUGGAGUUGGUCCCCCUUUUCGGCUAUAAACCCUCUUCUGGGUAGGCUUUCCACUAGAUCCAUUCAGCUACAACGGCAUUAGUGAGGUCGGGUACUGUCGGCGUUCCAAUUAAUCUGAAAGGUGUUCGAUGGGGUUGAGGUCAGGACUUUGUGCAGGCCAGUCAAAUUCUUCCACACUGAUCUCGACAAACCAUUUCUGUAUGGACCUCGCUUUGUGCACGGGGGCAUUGUCAUGCUGAAACAGGAAAGGGCCUUCCCCAAACUGUUGUCACAAAGUUGGAGGCACCGAAUCGUCUAGAAUGGCAUUGUAUGCUGUAGCGUUUUCCCUUCACUGGAACUAAGAGGCCUAGCCCGAACCAUGAAAAACAUCCCAGACCAUUAUUUAUCCUCCACCAAACUUUACAGUUGGCACUAUGCAUUUGGGGCAGCUAGUGUUCUCCUGGCAUCCACCAAACCCAGAUUUCUCCGUCGGACUGCCAGAUGGUGAAGCGUGAUUCAUCACUCCAGAGAAUGUGGUUCCACUGCUCCAGGGUACAAUUGCAGGCAGCUUUACACCACUCCAGCCAACGCUUGGCAUUGCUUAUGGUGAUCUUAGGCUUGUGCGGCUGCUCGGCCAUGGAAACCCAUUUCAUGAAGCUCCUGACUAACAGUUCUUGUGCUGACGUUGCUUCCAGGGGUAGUUUGGAACUCUAGUGAGUGUUGCAACUGAGGACUGACGAUUUUUACGCACUAUGCGGUCCCGUUCUAUAAGCUUGUGUGGCCUACCACUUCGCAGCUGAGCCGUUGUUGCUUCUCGAAGUUUUCACUUCACAAUAGCAGCACUUACAGUUGACCGGGGCAGCUCUAGCAGAGCAGAAAUUUGAUGUACUGACUUGUUGGAAAGGUGGCAUCUUAUGACAGUGCCACAUUGAAAGUAAUUUAGCGCUUCAGUACGGGCCAUUCUACUCCCAAUGUUUGUGUAUGGAGAUUGUCUGUGUGCUUGAUUUUAUACACCUGUCAGCAAUGGGUGUGGCUGAAAUGGCCGAAUCCACUAGUUUGAAGGGAUGUCCACAUACUUCUGGUCAUGUAGUGAAUAUAUCCUGAGAUACGGAAUAUAUAUAUUUUUUUUAUACUUUGUGCUAAAACACAAGUAUGUCAGAAGCAAGGUUUCCAUCCAAUUGACUACAGAUUUUCUUGUGAAUAUAAAUAUUUUUCAAAAGAAUUAAAAGCAAUCAGAGAAUUAAAACCCACCAGAGAUGUGUUUCCGGGAAAUGAACUUGUUGCGGAUGAAAGGCUUUGCUUGAUGAUGUAGUGUUUUUAUAAAAAUAACUUUUGCGGUUAAAUUCCCAAAUAAAAAAAUAUAUAAGUUAAAUGGGUUUCCAUCACAUUUUCAACUCGGAUUGUUUUGCCACAAAAAAACUUGCGUUAUAUAGCGGAUGUGCUCACUCUGGUACUGACCCUGGCGCUCUAGCCAACAGCUCUCAGAUACAGUGCAGGUAAAGCCUACAUGAGAUUAUUAUGGCCAUCAUGUCACCAGAAUAAGACCAUCAAUAUUUAUUGGAAAUGAGAUUCAAGCUCAUCACCUUGCACUUUCACCACCCUGUGAAGUUCAUCAUAAUUUAUUUCAUCUGUCGCAUAAUAAACUGCAUGGUUUCCCGAGUUGUAGUGGGAGGACCAUACAUGUCAUCACUUGACUCCAAGUUUACUUCGAUAUGAUGGUUAUUCGAUCACUAUUUGCGCAUAAAAUCAUUUCCACCUACAUUUCUCUGAUAAUUAAUUUUACUGACAAAAAUAUCCCACCUUGUUUUGUCGACAUUUGGAAAGUUUACUGAAAAAUGUGCUUUUUCCAUCAGGCCAGUCGUGACUUUAAAAAAAAAGAGGUUGGAUGGAAACCUGGUUAAUGAAGGCCAAAAUAAACAUUUUAUUUAAUUUUGGUUUAGAAGUCUAGUAUAUCCAAUAUUAUUGUAUUCUGACCAGUUGCUUUCAUGAUUUGAAAAUUAAGUAUUUUGCUAACCAGGAUUCAGUUUUUAUAACCUGUUAAUGUAGGAGUUGUUUCUAUUCAUUUUGGGAUUUGUUUUAAAACUGUGAUCUUGAAAGACUAUGGGAGGUUGACUGGAAAAUCUAAAUAAGGAAAGAUGAGCCAGCGCUUUUGCAUAGUUGUCAUUGUGGGGACUGGGGACUUAUUCGGAUCGAGGCCUGUCCUGUCUCUGCACUUUCCUGGCCCUGCUACACAGUCUGAGAUGGACAGCCCUGUUGUAAUGAAGGAUACACGUCAAGGGAUGUGUAAUUUAACAAAUUGAUGGAGAAUCGAUCCAAUAGAUCGCUAACUGGUUGAUGGCUCAGUAUUAAUUUAGUUUGUUAUAUCAAAUGUCUUUCCAAUUUGUUCUGAUUAGUUUAGACGUUAUUUUUUUCCCAUAAUUGUCAUUGACCAAACCGUAUAGUUAGUAGGUUGACAACAUUUGUAAUAUUGUGGAUGCUUUGCCAGUCAGAGCUCACAGACAGCUAUUGGGAGAGACCAAUUUAAAUCUGGCACUUGUUCUCUAUUGUCAAGUCUUUUAAAAAUCAAGAAUAAUUGCCAUAAAAUACGCUUAAAAACAAAUCUGGAGUGUUGUGAUGACGUAUUAUACAUUGUUCUGUCAUAAUUAUCUUCAAUACUUCCACGUUUUAGUUUUAGCGUACUUUGUUAUAGCCUGUGAAUGCACUUAUUUUAAUUAUAUUCGAGGGAUGGAUCAAGAACCUGAUCACAUUUAACUGAUUGUUUCAGUUUCUAGCACUUCAUUUUGAGGGUCAUUCAAGUGUUUUGAAGGGCUUUCAAAAGCUUUUGUGUUAAAAAAUUAAAAAUAAUAACUAUACCUCUUAGUUAUUGUGUUGACAGGAUGUAGGUUUUAUGUCUUCAUUAAAACUGCUCUUGUUAGAUACUUUUGUGUUUUACCUUUUUGUACUCCCCAAACAGAACAACCAUUAUAAGCAAUUGGUAUGAUGUGGUCAUAUGUACGUUUAAGUAAUUUGUGGUGAGAUGCGCUGGUAUUUUGAGGUACAUUUUUUUAAGAUACUGGAAAUUCAACAGAGCCGUAUCAGCUGACCUCAGUCUCUCUUUUGGAAUUUCUAUAAUGUUACAUUAUGCUCUAUCUACACUGUCAGUCCUACUGCUGUUAUUUGUUUUGUAAAUCGUUGCACACAGUCAAGUGCAGUGGUGUCCCCCCCUCUCCACAUAGUUCACGUGGUCACCUGUUGACGUAAUGGUAACUCAAUUUUAAUAGCAUCUCUUCGUCACAUGAAGUGCCUGACAUUUGUAUUGUUGUCAUUUAUGUGCAUGUUUCUGUAAGUAGGCACUUUUUUUGUUCAACUCUGUGUGUCAUGCAGCAUACAGUGAAUUUGGAAAGUUCAGAACCCUUGACUUAUGUUACAGCCUUUUUCUAAAAUGGAUUAAAUACAUUUCUUCCCUCAUCACUCUACACACAAUACCCCAUAAUGACAAAGUGAAAAGUUAUUUUUUAAUGUUUGAAAAUGUAUGAAAAGGAAAAAACAGAACUUAUUUUCCUAAGUAUUCAGACCCUUUGCUAUGAGACAUGAAACUGAGCUCAGGAGCAUUCUUUUUUUCAUUCAUCAUCCUUGAUGUUUCUACAACUUCAUUAGAGUCCAUCUGUGGUAAAUUCAAUUGAUUAGACAUGAUUUGCAAAGGCACACACCUGUCUACAUAAGGUCCCACAAUUAACAGUGCAUGUCAGAGCAAAAACCAAGCCCUGAGAUCCAAGGAAUUGUCCGUAGAGCUCCGAGACAGGAUUGUGUAGAUCUGGGGAAGGGUACCAAAAAAUGUCUGCGGCAUUGAAGGUCCCCAAGAACACAGUGGCCUCCAUCAUUCUUUAAAUGGAAGAAGUUUGGAACCACCAAGACUCUUCCUAGAGCUGGAAAACGGAGCAAUCGGGGGAGAAGGGCCAUGGUCAGGGAGGUGACCAAGAACCUGAUGGUCACUCUGACAGAGCUCCGGAGUUCCUCUGUGGAGAUGGGAAAACCUUCCAGAAGGACAAACCAUAUUUGCAGCACUCCACCAAUCAGGCCUUUAUGGUAGAGUGGCCAGACGGAAGCCACUCCUCAGUAAAAGGCACAUGACAGCCUGCUUGGAGUUUGCCAAAAGGCACUUAAAGGACUCUCAGACCAUGAGAAACAAGAUUCUCUGGUCUGAUGAAACCAAGAUGGAACUCUGGCCUGAAUACCAAGCGUCAAGUCUGGAGGAAACCUGGCACCAUCCCUACAGUGAAGCAUGGUGGCAGCAUCAUGCUGUGGAGAUGUUUUUCAGUGGCAGACUAGUCAGGAUCGAGGGAAAGAUGAACGGAGCAAAGGACAGAGAGAGCCUUGAUGAAAACCUGUUCCAGAGUGCUCAGGAUCUCAUACUGGGGCUAAGGUUAACCUUCCAACAGGACAACGACCCUAAGCAUACAGCCAAGACAACGCAAGAUUCGGAACAAGUCUCAAUGUCCUUGAGUGGGCCAGCCAGAGCCCGGACUUGGACCCGAUUGAACAUCUUUGUAGAGACCUGAAAAUAGCUGUGCAGCAAUGUUCCCCAUCCAACCUAACAGGGCUCUGCAGAUAAGAAUUUGAGAAACUCCCCAAAUACAAGUGCCAAGCAUGUAGCAUCAUACUCAAGGCUGUAAUUUCUGCCAAAGGUGCUUCAACAAAAUAACGGGUCUGAAUAGUUAUGUAAAUGUAAUAUUUCUGUUUUGUUUUAACAUUUAAUUUUCUAAUUUUUUUUCUUCAGUUUGGCUUUGUCAUAAUGGGGUACUGUGUGUAGAUAGAUGAAGAAAAAACGAUUUAAUCCAUUUUAGAGGCUGUAAUGUAAGAAGGCUGUAAUGUAAGAAAAUGUGAAAAAAGUCUAGGGGUCUGAAUACUUUCCGAAUGCACUGUACAUCUAUCUGUAACAUGCAUUUCCACCCCACAGAACUAAUAAUGCCAUGAUUUCAGUCACUUGUUGAUUUGGUUUUUGGAACACCACUGUCUUACAUUUUUUAUUUUUUUUAAGGUUUGGUUUUAAUGCACAUUUGAGAUUCUAAAUUCCCUGUACAUCACAAAAACACAAUUGCUGGACCAAAAGAGAAAUAAAAAAAAAAUGUUGAAAUGAAGUAAAGGUUUAAAAAUAAAACGCAUAAUUGUAAAGUGUGCAAUGUGUGCCAGGUCAAUGAAUAAGUAAAUAGUAUUUGCAAGCGAUUUUGCAGAAUGUGAAAAUUUUCCUAAAGCGUUUCCUUUCACAUUUUCUAUAUGUACUAUACAUGUAUAAAUGUUGUUGACCGUUUUCUGAAGUAGCCAAUUCAACACUGUCUUCUGAGUACAAUUGUGUUUAUGAUUUUGAAUAUUCUUGUUCAUGUGUGUGUUUAAAUGAGUGAUAACAACAUAUUGAUUAUUCUACAUUAACUAAUGGUGAACUGGUUCAAUGAGUCAUGUUUUAUGCAAAUGUGCCAAAUAAACUCGAACCUGACUACCA